AUGUAUUUAUAUACUAACGUUUCGAUGAGUUGCCUUAAUAAAAGUCCAAGAGUAACGGUAAAGCUCUUAAGUACCAUUGCUUGGGCAGCUUCCACAAAUAGCCAACAAAGGCUUUCAUCGCGAAUUCCGCAGAUAGGGCUACCACCUCCGAAUUUUCCAUUCAGCUUUCCGCAAGCUGUUUGGCCUGGAUUCGUGCUCAACACUCCGCUUCCCUCACUUCCAUUACCACUUCUUUCCGCUUAUUCAUCGAUGGCACCACCAUCGCCAGCAGAGACUGUUGCGAUGAGCGAAGACGAUGGAAAUUUACGAAGAUGCGGAAGAAGCAGCUUCUCACAAGAGCAACUUGAACUCUUAGAAACUUCAUUCGCUAAGGAGCCGUACCCAAGCAUAGCACAGCGCAUGGAGUUGGUAAAGAAGACGCAGUUACCAGAAGCUAGAAUACAGGUAUGUUUUAUUUACCAGUUCAUCUACCUCUCAACCCCAUGGGCUAGGCCAUUUCCUAAGUAUGUAGAAACAUAGGA